AUGAGCGCGGGGGUGGAGGAGCUGCUGAUGCGGGUGGCAGAGGUGGCGGGCCGGAAGCUCACGUGGUGGCAGUACGACCAGACGUCGUGGUCGGCGCGCGAAUGGAUGCCGUUUGCGCUGCAGCGACUGUCGGUGCAGCUCUGGACGGCGCUCGCGGACGAGGCACAGCGCGCCAUUGGCAGCUCGCUCGUCCGUCCGUACGCAUUCCUGCCAAUCUAUUGGGCGAGGACUGACCGCAGCUCUGGAAAGCUGCAGGAGAUCACCGUCGUCACCCGACGUCACAGGCUCCGGGUCAGUCUGACCCUGCUAACGCUUGGCGCAGCGCUCUUCAUCGGGAGCCAGCUUCUGCUCCAGUUAAACAUGGCCGAGGUGGGCGUGCUCGCAGACGCAUCCCCCUGCCUCUUGGUAACGCUCUUUCCGAUUUCGAUGGCCUCGGUUCCCAUCAUGUUGCUGCCGUUGCAGCCGUCUGACAAGCGCAGCACGCUGACGGCGGCCUCCCUGCUGUGCUGCCUCUGUGCCUAUUAUUCCGUCGCGCUGCCGACGUGGACGGCCCUAAGUGGUACCACAGACGAGCUGGUCAUUAGCCGCACCGCUGCGCAGACGCUCGUGAACUGUUUUUGGGGCGUCAUCAUCUUCCGGACGGGGCCGGGGUCCAAGUCGGUAGUCGCGGCUUUGCUCGAGGCGGCGCGGCGGCGCGAGGGGCUGGGGAGGGGCAGCCGGCGGUACACGGACGCAGAGGGGAAGUGCCACGUGGAGGCGCUGCUCUUCGAGGAGUUCGGCGCAAUGAGCGCGGGGGUGGAGGAGCUGCUGAUGCGGGUGGCAGAGGUGGCGGGCCGGAAGCUCACGUGGUGGCAGUACGACCAGACGUCGUGGUCGGCGCGCGAAUGGAUGCCGUUUGCGCUGCAGCGACUGUCGGUGCAGCUCUGGACGGCGCUCGCGGACGAGGCACAGCGCGCCAUUGGUGCGGGGCGUCGCGCGGCCGAGAGGGACCGCGCGGGGGGGGGGGGGGUAAGCGGGAUGGGGGGCUCUAAGGGCAAGGGAGUGGGGGGCGCCCAGUAG